GGUAACUGUCGUAAAGUCUUGAUUUACGGCACACGAAAACUAAACCAGUGCUACACGUUAGUGCAGACUGGCUCAAAGUAACAUUUUUUGAAGCUUCUUUUUGGGGCAAACCUUUCCGAUCGGGAUGCUCUACCUGAUCGGGUUGGGUCUGGGGGACGCCACCGACAUCACAGUGAAAGGUCUGCAGGCCGUGAGGAAGUGCUCCCGGGUCUACUUGGAGGCCUACACCUCCGUGCUAACUGUGGGCAAGGAAGCUUUGGAGGAGUACUACGGUAAGGAGCUGAUCCUGGCCGACCGGGAUCUGGUGGAGCAGGAAGCUGACGAGAUCCUUAAGGACGCCAAAGAGACAGACAUAGCCUUUCUGGUGGUGGGAGACCCCUUUGGCGCUACCACUCACAGUGACCUCGUCCUCAGAGCGGUGCAUGCUGGGAUAUCAUACCGGGUCAUCCACAAUGCCUCCAUCAUGAACGCGAUUGGCUGCUGUGGCCUGCAGCUGUACAACUUUGGGGAGACGGUUUCCGUGGUCUUCUGGACGGACACAUGGAAACCCGAAAGCUUCUACGACAAAAUCUGUAAAAACCGAUCAGCUGGACUGCACACUCUUUGUUUACUUGAUCUCAAAGUGAAGGAACAGUCAGUGGAGAACAUGAUGAGAGGGAAGAAGAUCUACGAGCCUCCUCGCUUCAUGAGCGUGUCGCAGGCGGCCAACCAGAUGGUCCAGAUCGUCCAGAGGAGGCGGGAGCAGGGGGAGGAGCUUGGCGGUGUGACGGAGGACACCGUGUGCGUAGGCGUGGCCCGGCUCGGCGCUGACGACCAGAAGAUCUGCACGGCCACGUUGGGUCAGCUGGUGUCAUGUGACCUCGGCGCGCCGCUCCAUUCGCUGGUGGUCACCGGCAAGCUCCACCCCCUGGAGGUGGACAUGUUACGGCUCAACGCUCAACCGGACGCACUGCGGCACCUGAGCAUGGAGGACGGCUCGUAACACACACACACAUAUGUUAUCAUUUGGAAUGGGGAGCAAGUUUUUGAUCAUGACUUGUACAGGUUGUGGAGGCAUAAAAAAAUGUUGUAAAAUGUCCACUGCCCAGUUAGCUCAUACACGUCUUUAAAUCUCUGGAUUGAUGAAGUAAUGUGCUGAUCAUUCUUACUGGGGACCCUGGGGAAAAAAGAGUUAAUAUGGUUCAUGGGGACCACUUUUAAAUAAUAUUGCAUAAUUCACACAAAUUUGUACGUGACUACUGAGGACCAUUUAAAAAAAAAAAAAAAAAAAAAAGUUCUAAUUAAAUAUGACAUGAUCCUCAGAAUCAUUUAAAAAGGUUUCCCUUUAGGGGACCUGUUUUUUUGUCCCCAUACCGUCAGAGGUCCCCUAAAGGUGACUGUGUAAACAGAGCCAUGUCCCCAUUAAGUAAGCAUUGCCAGAACACACACACACUAGAAAAACUGAGUCAUUAUGUGACAUCCACUCAUUCCUCCUCAAAACAGGAAGUGAGCCAAAGAACUUCAAAAUAAAGCCAGUCUUCUUUAAUAUUC